CGGAUGCGAAUAAGAGAGAAGGGAAGCUUUCCGCAAAGGGGAAUAAGCCGUGCGCGGUAUGCGAAGGCUUCGAUCAGAGUGCUAUUCUUAAAGGACGGCUUUGCACUUCCGGCGGAUCAUUGCCGCAAAUCCCCCCCUCAGGCAGCCAUAAUCGCCCACGGUAGCGGAGCGUAAUACUCCGUUUAAGUAGAAACUGCUCAGAUUGUGGACCAUAUAAUGGCCCUCUGUCCCCCCAUUCGCUCAUCCACUUCUGCGGCCGCAGGUGAUCUUGACAAACUAUCAUGUCGGUCGCAACAUCUGUGUACAGCUUCUCCACCGCAGGUACCUAUAGCAUUACCGUGUUUGACUGGCAAACUCGCGGGACUGCAGUUAGGUUUUUCACCGCUUUGACUACUGUGACGGUGUACGAACCGAAUACUACAACGUAUGUCACCACGGCACCCGAAGCAGCCGUCAGCAGCACCGAUAGUCCAUCAGCGACAAUUGACCCCACGGCGAGUGUUACGGACACGACUUCGUUGGUGCAAACUCCCGCUCCCACCGCCAGUACCUCACCCAGCGACUCGGUUUCAGUUGAGAGUUCUCCGUUCACUACCAGUGUUCCUUCUAGUACGGCGACAGACGAUUUGUCAUCCAGGACAUCGUUCGAAGUUACCGAAGCGGCUACCUCGUCCCCGGGAGCCUCAUCUACGUCUCUGCCGCCGUCCUUCAAAGACCUUCUCCGAUCAGCCAACCUCCAGGCAUUGCCUACCAACCAGUGCUAUGAUGAUACCGGAGAGCUUGUUGCUGGGAAACCUUUGGGAAACGGCUCGUGCAAGAAUGGUUCGGACGCUUCCAUGGUCGCUGGUGCUGCCGUAGGCUGCUUGUUUGGUGGUCUGCUUCUGGGUCUUCUUGCGUUCUUCCUUCUCACCAAAUAUCGCCGACGUCGAGUCUCGAAUGCCUCACAAUCUACAAAAUUUGGCCCCGUGGACGACAAGGAUGUCAUGUACGAAGUAGUGCCGAUUUCACCACACAAUGCAGUUGGGCGCUCCGUGUCCGAUUCUAGUCUGGGAGCGGAUACGGACAAAACGGCGGCUGUUAUUAACUCAAACGCUACGAAGUUCGCUGCUCUUGCGUCUCCAGCUGUGUUAUGCAAAGUCAAAGAACCUGAGCAGUUCAUCUGGCAAGAAAUCGUCGUGCACAGUGACUCGUACUAUGUUUCAGAGUUCAAAAGUCUGCGCGACAAGGUGCACUCAUUGGCGCGCUCGCUUCAUGGACGGUUCAAGAGAGAGAGUGUCAGUGAUCUGGUGCCAGUUUGCAAAGACAUUCUACCUGAGGAUAUCACCUCAUCAUCAUUGGUCGAUAAAGGCCCAGAGUAUUACACUGUUGUCGUCACCGCCUUACUCGCCGGUGCUCUAUCAACUUUGGUAUUCGAGCCAUUUCACCCUGAGAUAGUCCUUGAGCAGGGCCGCGUCUUUGAGCAAGUGUACAGGAAUAUUGAGCUUACUCAUGGCUGUGAUGCAGCUAGCACCUGGCGCCGUCAGACCCUUCCUGCUCUUCUUCAGGGAACCCAGGACGCCGAUGUCUCUGCCACCCUUUUGUCUAAGGUUUCGAGAAUCAGGGAAGCUGUCCUGCACUUCUUUGUGCCUGUGAAUACGGGAACGUUCCAUGAAGAGUUCGACGACAUCUUUGAGCAUGCGGCGCGCUUGAAGGUGGAGACUCUAGCCGAAGCGAGAACUUUCCGUUAUGACUUUGUGAAAGGCGGCGGUCCUUUUGAUCGUGAACAUCAGAUGGACAGGCGAUUUAGAGGGAGUGAGCACAUGGAAUGUCAUUCGUCCGUCGUGAUGCAUGACGUUGACAUGGUUUUUCUGUACCAGUUCCCCUUGGUGACUGUUGUUACCGACCAAGGAGUAAAGGUGUUGCUGCGGGCGGAGGUUUGCUUGUUGAGUGAGUUCCGUUGAGGGACAGUAUGACGUUUGUCUGCCUACAUAUGGUUACAUUUUUUGCUAUACAAACUCGAUUUCGUGUGUGAUGUUUUCUACGAAGUUCAUGUGGGAACUUUCCCAAGGUGUGUCCUCCGGCCUUGCAGCACUCACGGCAACCGGCCGAAAUCAUCGGCCCGCUGCCAUUGAGAACAACCCGCGGCGGUAUCAUUCCUGUUCACAAUCGUUCAACAUCUAUGACAAAUUGUCUACAAACUUUGCUCUCAGCGACAAUGCCCUCUUUCA